AUGGCUUUUUUAUUUAAAAGAAAUCCCAAGAAUCCUCCAGAAUUAAUAAGAGCAUUAAAUGAUCAAUUAUCAAAAUUAGAUUACACAAAUGAUCCAUCAAGUUAUAAAAAAUAUCAAGAUGAAUCAUCAAGAUAUUUAAAACAAAUAAAAAAUAUAAUAUAUGGAGAUGAUGAAAAUGAACCACAAUUUGAUCAAAUUAAUCAAUUAUUAUCAGAAAUUUUAAUUACAAAUAAUCUUUAUAUUUUAACAAUAAAUUUAAAUAAAUUAGAUUUUGAUUCAAGAAAAGAUGUUAUAAUAAUAUAUUCAACUUUAUUACGACGGAAUUAUAUAACUGGAAUUAAUGGAAAUGGAAAUGGAAUAGGUGGUUUAAAAUCAAUGUUAUCAUCAUCAUCAUCCACCACCUUAUCACAACAAUCACCACCUGUUGUAGAUUAUUUACUACAUAAAAAACCAGAGAUUUUAAAUAUAUUAAUAAGAGGUCCAGAAACACCAGAAAUUGGAUUAGUAUGUGGACAAAUAUUAAGAGAUUGUUGUAAAUUUGAAGAAAUUAAUAAAUAUAUAAUAUAUAAUGAAGCAUUUUGGAAUUUUUUUAAAUAUGUUGAAAAUCCAAUGUUUGAAAUUGCUUGUGAUUCAAUGAUGACAUUAAAUGAUUUAUUAACUAUUCAUAAAAAAAUUAUACCUGAUUUCCUUGUAUUAAAUUAUGAAAAUUUUAUGAAUCACAUUAAUAAUUUAAUAAAAUCAAAUAAUUAUGUAACAAAAAGACAAAUUUCAAAAUUAUUAAAAGACUUGGUUUCUGAAAGAUCGAAUUUACAAUUUUUACAAAAAUAUUGUAAUGAUUAUAAAAAUUUAAAAUAUACAAUGCUUUUAUUAAGUGAAAAACUGAAAAAUUUACAAUUAGAAGGGUUUCAUUUAUUAAAAUAUAUUAUUGCAAAUCCAAAAAGAUUACCAAAAAUAAAUGAAACUCUUAUAAAAAAUAAACAAAAUUUUUCAGAAUUUUUCAAAACUUUUGAUAUUACAAGUUUUCAUGAUUCAAGUUUAAUAGAAGAAAGAAAUUUUAUAAUUCAACAAAUUGAAUUAUUACCUGAUAAAAAUAUAACUCAAUGA